AUGUCUACGGCUAGAAUAUUGAAUCCAUUUUUCACGAGAACUUUCUCUAAGAGAUCGGUGUACUUGUUUUCUGCUGCUACUGCUACGUUUGCUGUUGCUGCUACUGCUACUAACGAAAAGCAACAGAGACAAGGAGGCCACUGGAAUUUCAACUGGAACAAGAAAUGGUUAUUGAGUACUGCUCCUAUCGUGCAUAUGGCACAGGAAAUCAAAGAUAAGUCAGAAAAGGACUAUCAGGAGGUUUAUAAUGCGAUUGCUGUGAAACUAAGGGAGGAAGAUGAAUUUGAUGGCUACAUUGGCUAUGGUCCCGUCUUGACCCGUUUGGCAUGGCACUCUUCUGGUACUUGGGAUAAAAACAAUAACACAGGAGGUUCCUUCGGUGGUACUUACCAGUUUCAAAAGGAAUCAAAUGAUCCUUCCAAUAAAGGUUUACACAACGGAGCGGAAUUCUUGGCACCAAUUCAUAAACAGUUCCCAUGGUUAUCUCACGGUGAUCUUUACACUUUGGGUGGUGUCGUUGCAAUCCAGGAGUUACAAGGCCCUGUGAUCCCAUGGAGACCUGGUAGAGUAGACCUACCGGAGGAUAUGACCCCUGAUAAUGGUAGAUUACCGGAUGCCGUGUACGGUGCUGAUUACGUGAGAAAUUUCUUCAAGAGACUAGAUUUGAAUGAUCAGGAAGUCGUCGCCUUGAUGGGUGCUCAUUGUCUAGGUAGAACUCAUCUCCAAAAUACCGGUUUCGACGGUCCAUGGGGUGCCGCAUCAAAUACUUUCACUAAUGAAUUCUUCUUAAAUUUAUUAAACGAAAAUUGGAAAUUAGAGAAAAAUGAAGCAAAAAAUAUGCAAUGGAACUCUCCAAAGGGUUACAUGAUGUUGCCGACCGAUCAUGCUUUAAUCGAAGACGAUAAAUACAUGGCCUAUGUGAAAUUGUAUGCAACCAAUAACGAUAAAUUCUUUGAAGACUUCGCCAAGGCAUUCAAGAAGCUGUUAGAAGGUGGAAUUACCUUCCCACAAUCAACCCCAACCUACCGCUUCGAGACCCUGGAUAGUCAAGGACUAUGA